UGUUAGAUGAGAUAAAGCUUACAGAGUUUAGAUUUUGGGCUGCCGGGUGCGAUAAGUAAUAAUGAGUUACAGGCUACAUUAAGAUAUAUCAAGGUUGGAGACCAAAGUUGAGAGGCUAAAGUCGGUAGUACAAGUUAAAGAUAGGGAGAUUGCAACAGUUACACGAAUAGAAGCCAAAGGUAAGGCUGCUUUUAAAGCUCAAAUUGACAAGCUACAGUAGGAAAAUGUUGAACUCCAGAGAAGGGUUAUUGGCAAUCAGCAAGUAAGAACUCAACAAAUACAUGAGAUGAAGAAGAAAGAAAAGGAGUACAUCAAAUUGCAGGUGAGAACCUACAGGGUAUAGGAAUACCUACAGGAAAGCUGGAUAUGUAUGUUGCUGCUGCUGGCAUAAACCCUCAAAGAUGAAAGAGGCACUAUCAGCAUUGACAUGUACAUGUGAUUUUAGGCAUGAACCAGGAGAGUGAGAGUUUUAGUGUGCCGUGUUUAGAAUUUGCCGAUAUCUUUUUCCCGUUCCAGCAAGUAUUCCUGAUUGUGGGGGAUUUAUUGGAGUUGAGGAGUCCCACAAUCUUUAUGUUCUGUUUGUUUUUCCAUCACUUUUUCAAGGCUGUUCAAUUGGAGUUCCAUCUUCAGAUGGAAGUCGUAUUCUUGGCCUCGGUGACCGUUCAGGGAAUAGGAAUACCUAGAUUGGAGGGAGAAGAGUAUCUAUCUAUUGUUGAUGAAUUUAUGGAAGUCGUGCAUACAUGUUGGCCUAAAGCUAUUGUUCAGUUUGAGGAUUUUCAAAUGAAAUGGGCUUUUGAAACAUUACAACGUUAUCGUAAGAGGUUCUGCAUGUUCAACGAUGACAUACAAGGAACUGCUGGUGUUGCUCUCGCUGGACUAUUGGGAAAUGUGAGAGCUCAAGGGCAGCUAUUGAGUGAUUUUGUUAACCAAAAGAUAGUAGUGGUAGGGGCUGGAAGGUAUUGUCAGCUUGUUGGGCUCGGUGUUCUUAACAUGGCUAUUCAGGCUGUUUUGAGAAUGUCUGUCCAAGUUUUUCCUUCCAUGAGAGUUACUGAUUUCAGAAACCAAUCGGAUGGGGUUUGGAAUUUGGGUAGCUUUGUUAUGGGUUAA